AAUAAGUAAAUAGAAUAAUAGAAAUGCGAGAGUUAACUUAUGUCAUGAAUCCAAAAGGUUUUCAUGUUAAUGAUGUUAAGAACACUGAAAAAUAAUAGCCCAUCACUACCAUGACGUCACUUCCGGCCUUUAUUGUGAAGCAGUCAGCGGAAGUGAACGCCGGCAGUGACGCGAACAUGGUGGACAGUGUUUCCGCAGAGAAGGUUGCUCCUCGGUGGGAUUUGACGGAACAUGAUGAAGAAACGGGACCCGCUGCAUUCUGAGAGCCAACCCUGCAGUGAAGAUGAGAACAUGGUUCCUGUUCUGACCUCCAGAAGAGCCAGUGAACUCCCGGUUAAUGAAGUAGUGUGCACCCUGCAGGCCGACCUGCAGGGGGGGCUAACCCAGGAGGAGGUGUGCCGGAGGAGGGCGUACCACGGCUGGAACGAGUUUGACAUCAGUGAGGAUGAGCCGCUGUGGAGGAAGUACAUGUCCCAGUUCAAGGACCCUCUCAUCCUGCUGCUCCUGGCGUCCGCCGUCAUCAGCGUCCUCAUGCGCCAGUUUGACGACGCCAUCAGCAUCACCGUGGCCAUCAUCAUCGUGGUGACGGUCGCCUUCGUGCAGGAGUAUCGUUCAGAGAAGUCUUUAGAGGAACUGGGGAAGUUGGUUCCUCCAGAAUGUCACUGCAUCAGGGAGGGGCGCCUGGAGCAGAUGCUGGCCCGGGACCUGGUUCCUGGGGACACGGUGUGCCUGUCAGUGGGGGAGAGGGUCCCUGCAGACCUGCGCCUGUUCGAGGCGUUGGAUCUGUCGGUGGACGAGUCCAGCCUAACGGGAGAGACCACGCCCUGCUCCAAGUCCACCGCCCCCCAGCCCACGGCUUCCAACAGAGAUAUCGCCUCCCGCAGCAACAUCGCCUUCAUGGGGACGCUGGUGCGCUGCGGGAAAGCCAAGGGCAUCGUCAUCGGAACAGGAGAGAACUCUGAGUUUGGGGAGAUCUUCAAGAUGAUGCAAGCUGAGGAGGCUCCAAAGACUCCUCUCCAGAAGAGCAUGGACCUCCUGGGGAAGCAGUUGUCCCUUUAUUCCUUCUGCAUCAUUGGGGUCAUCAUGCUGGUGGGCUGGCUGCAGGGGAAGAAGAUUCUGGACAUGUUCACCAUCGGUGUCAGUCUGGCAGUGGCUGCUAUUCCCGAGGGUCUGCCCAUCGUGGUCACGGUGACGCUGGCGCUUGGCGUGAUGCGAAUGGUGAAGAAGAGGGCCAUCGUGAAGAAAUUGCCCAUCGUAGAAACUCUGGGCUGCUGCAACGUCAUCUGCUCAGACAAAACAGGAACUCUCACCAAGAACGAGAUGACCGUCACGCAGCUGUUCACGGCAGACGGCCUCCACGCCGAGGUUACCGGCGUGGGCUACAACGGAGCCGGAGAGGUUUUACUGAGCGGAGAGGUUGUCCAGGGAUUCUCCUGCCCUUCAAUCAGCAAAAUCGUGGAGGCCGGCUGUGUGUGUAACGACUCGGUCAUCAGGAACAACAACCUGCUGGGCCGUCCCACCGAGGGCGCGCUCGUCGCCCUCGCCAUGAAGAUGGGGCUGGAGGGCGUGCAGCAGGAGUACGUCCGCCUGGAGGAGCAGCCCUUCUCCUCGGAGCAGAAGUGGAUGGCGGUCCGUUGCGUUCACCGCACCCAGCAGGAUAAGGCGGGGGUUUACUUCGUGAAGGGGGCGUUCGAGCAGGUGGUCCGCUUCUGCAGCUCCUACAGCAGCAGAGGGGCGGCGCUGCCGCUCAACAGCCAGCAGAGGGAGCUCUACCAGCAGCAGAUCAGCUACAUGGGCUCCUCCGGCCUGCGAGUGCUGGCCUUCGCCUCGGGCUCUCAGAUGGGAAACCUCACCUUCCUGGGCCUGGCGGGCAUCAUGGACCCCCCCAGAGAAGGAGUGAAAGAGGCCAUCAGCGCGCUCACCAGCUCUGGAGUCACAGUCAAGAUGAUCACCGGAGACUCUCAGGAGACCGCCAUGUCCAUAGCCAGCCGCCUGGGCCUCCUCUCCAAAGGAUGCCAGAGUCUGUCGGGAGAGGAGGUGGACCAUCUGGACCUGCAGCAGCUCUCGCACGUCGUCCUCAGAAUCGCUGUGUUUUAUCGAGCCAGCCCGCGACAUAAGCUAAAGAUCGUCAAGUCCCUGCAGAGCCUCGGCGCCGUGGUUGCCAUGACGGGGGAUGGCGUGAACGACGCCGUGGCUCUGAAGGCCGCCGACAUCGGCGUGGCGAUGGGCCAGACGGGCACGGACGUCUGCAAGGAGGCGGCAGACAUGAUCUUGGUGGAUGAUGACUUCCAGACCAUCAUGUCUGCCAUCGAGGAGGGAAAAGGGAUCUACAACAACAUCAAAAACUUUGUCCGCUUCCAGCUGAGCACGAGCAUCGCAGCUCUCACCCUCAUCUCCUUGGCAACGCUGAUGAACUUCCCCAACCCUCUGAACGCCAUGCAGAUCCUGUGGAUCAAUAUCAUCAUGGACGGACCGCCGGCUCAGAGUUUGGGGGUGGAGCCUGUGGACCGUGACGUGAUCCGGAAACCCCCCCGCAACGUCAAAGACAGCAUCAUCACGCGCGGCCUCAUCGCGAAGGUCCUGGUGUCGGCCAUGAUCAUCGUCUGCGGGACUCUGUUCGUCUUCUGGAGAGAGUUGCAGGACAACGUGAUCACGCCUCGAGACACCACCAUGACCUUCACCUGCUUCGUCCUGUUCGACAUGUUCAACGCUCUGAGCUCGCGCUCACAGACCCGGAUGGUCCAUGAGAUCGGGCUGUGCAGCAACCGGACCUUCUGCUACGCCGUCCUGGCCUCCCUCAUGGGUCAGCUGCUCGUCAUCUACUUCCCCCCCCUGCAGAGCGUCUUCCAGACGGAGAGCCUCAGCGUCUUCGACCUCCUGUUCCUGGUGGCCCUCACCUCAACCGUGUGCAUCGUCUCCGAGCUCAUCAAGAAGGUGGAGCGGGUGCGAGGAGCACAGAGGAGCCCCCCCACCGACAUAUUCCUGGAGGUAUGACGCCGAGCUGCACCCCUCCCCUCUCACAGGUGCAGCUGGCGGCUCCGCCUCCUCACACUGCAGACUGUUUGCUGAGGGCCCCCCUCCCCCCACAUCAGCUGACUGGAUUUGACUGCAAUGGCUGCUGGGAGAUUUCCCUGAUCUGCAGCUGCACCUUGAACUGCACCUUCCUGCCGCCGAGCGGCUCCGCGCCUCGAUGACGGCACACGGCACGUGCACACGUGGCCGUCGCCCUUUUAUACCGGUCACUUCUGAGGCGAUGACCACUAACUGCCCCCCCCCCCGUGUUUCUGGGACCAUCCAGCCCAGGUGGAGGUGUACCUGGACAAACGCCCCCUUCAACCAAAGCUCCUCUUCCUUUGAUCUUUGAAUCAGCUGACGGCGCCGCGGGUCCGGCCUGUGGCGGUGACAUCAUCACAGGAGACGUCCACCUUUUCUAGGUUUUAACUGGUCAUUUUAACCCGAUGCCCCGCCCACUCUGCCGCCUGCAGCGACGUCUGCCAGGAGGAGAGACUCCGCCUCCAGAGGGCGCUGUUCGUCUUCACCUUUAGUUUUCAUGAAAGUUCUGUUCCACUGGAUUUUGCGACCCGGUUCUGAGAUUGCAGGGCUUCAGCAGGAAGUGCUGCUGCUGUGAACCGGGUCCGCUUUGGUACCGUCACACCCUGCUGCGACUCCGGUUCUGUGACCAACGGCUCUUUGAACUCACAUCUGGACCCGUUCUCCUCUGGUGCCUUAGAGCCGAACCGCACCCCCCCCUUCGGCUGUCCCUGUUUCAGUCCGCCGCGGCGCCGCUGAGACGGGCCUCAAGCAAUUAGUUGUUCCUGACAGCUUCUCUGACCGGCUGCUGUCCAGAACCGGGUCCAGUUUUCUUUGAUGUUAGUUCUGGGUUUCUUUUACUGUACUGAUCCGACACUGGAGUGUUUGGACUCUUUAGUUCUGCUUCAAUAAAGUAUUUGGGUUUGGACUUUUA